AGAAGGUAGCUCAUGCAUAUUAAAAGGGCUAAACACCAACCAAACCCUUUGCUCCUCCAUGACAACAAUGUCAUGUUGCUAGCAGCUAGAUCAAGAAUAUAUUCAAGAUAGUUAAUUGCUGCAUAUAGGUUUUGCAAGUUGCAGAACUUGCAGCUAUAUUGUUGUUACACUAGCUGUUCAUAUCUUGGAUUCCAGUGAUAUCUAGAGUGCAUGCAUGGGGCAUCACUCUUGCUGCAACCAGCAGAAGGUGAAGAGGGGCCUCUGGUCUCCUGAGGAAGAUGAGAAGCUCAUCAGAUACAUCACCACCCAUGGCUAUGGCUGCUGGAGCGAGGUCCCGGAGAAAGCCGGUUUGCAGCGAUGUGGGAAGAGCUGCCGGCUCCGGUGGAUCAACUACCUGAGACCGGACAUCCGGCGAGGGCGGUUCACGGCGGAGGAGGAGAAGCUCAUCAUCAGCCUGCACGCCAUUGUUGGCAACAGGUGGGCCCACAUUGCCAGCCACCUGCCUGGCCGGACCGACAACGAGAUCAAGAACUACUGGAAUUCAUGGAUCAAGAAGAAGAUUCGCAAGCCGGCGGCGGCCGCCGCCGCGGCGACCACGACGAGCCCGAACAACCCGCCGCCGUGCAGCACGGCGACGUCGGACCACCACCACCUGCCGCCGCCGGCGUUCGGCGGCGCUGAUCACCACCUGCAGCUCGACGCCAUCAUCAACCAGAACCUGAUAUCAUCCCUGCCGCCGAAGCUCGCCACCGGCGACGACUCGCCGCCGGCGGUGCCCGGGCUGCCGCACCACUGCCCGCUCUUCAUGUUCGACACCACCACCACCGGCGCCGGCGGCGCCAUCAGCCCGCCGCCGCCGUCAUCACUGAUCCCAACCCACCUCCACCACCACCACCACCCGUUCAUCGCCAGCUUCACGGCGGCGAUGGCCGCCGACACGCCGAGCUACCUGCCCCCGCUGGUCGACGGCAUGGCAGCCAUGGGAGCGGCCAUGGAUUGCAGCUUAGAAGAUGGCCAAACAGCCGCCGCCAUGGCCGCCACCAAUGGCUACUACCAGCAUCAUCAGAAGCAUCAGCAGCUGGAGAUUGAGCUGGAGGAGGAGGAGCAGAGGCAGCUAGGGCAUCAUCAUCAUCAGCAUCACCAUGAGCAUGAGCAUGAAAAUCAUCAGUGGGAUGAAGAAGAAGCACAGCAUCUGCUGAUGUGGGAUCAAGAAGUACUAACAUCAUCCAACUUGGAGGCCAUGCAAAGUGGUGCUCAUUCCCUCCUUUUUAUGGGACCAAAUGACCAUGAUUAAGUUGGUAAUAAUAACCUAUGUCUACCCCCCCCCCAAUUUUUUUUCUUUUUGGGAAAAAAAAACUUGCAUGUGCAUAUUUUGCAUCUCACAACAUCUGAUCCCAUCUCUGAUCUGAUCUUGAUCUCCCUUUGAUCAAUCUAGCUCUCACUACUACCCCAUCUGAUCUGUCUAUACAUGAAAUAAUGAGGUUUUGCAAAUUAAAGGCGCGCGUAAUUUAUUGUGUUUUGGAUUUUUUUUCUAUCUCUCUCCAAGAGCUUUUAUUUUGGUUUUUUUACUUUUUUUUUUGGAUUGGAGUGUGAAGACUGAAUAGUGUGUGUCAAUUGGGUUUUUUGUAAAGAGACCACCUUGUAUGAGUGCAUGGCAUGGCACUUUGGAGUGUGUAAUUUGAUUGAUGUAUCUAAGUGAAUUUAUAAUAAACACAGGAGGAUGACAACAAAAUGAGAAAAAAGGCCAGAAUUGUCUUCCCCUCUCUUUGCUCUUU